GCUGGCUACCACAGAGAGCCGGCGCAUCCGCCGCUUGCCGGUCCGGUCUCAGUUCGACUUCCGCGGGCUCUCCGUGCUUCCCAGCGAGUGCAGCUGCGCGCCGCGCCGUCGCAGCAAGCUGACGCUCUGCCAUGGGUGGUGCAACUUCCAGGUGCCCUGGUUCUGA